AUGAAUUGAAUUCAAUAUUUAUCAUGCUUGCAGAUGAUAGAUAAAAAUAUAUUUCGUUUAAGAGUACUGAAAAGCAAAUAUGGCGAAUUACGGACAGCCUCCUUAUGGACAACCUGGUUAUGGAGCUCCUCCUGGCGGGCAACCAGGUUAUGGAGCCCCAGGUCAGGCACCUUACGGAGCUCCGGGUCAGGCACCCUAUGGAGCACCUGCAGGCCAAGUGCCCUAUGGAGCACCUGCUGGAGGUCAGCCAUAUGGAGCACCACCACAAGGAUGGGGUGGCGCACCAGCUAUAGAUCCACAGAUUCAACAAUGGUUCAUGUCGGUAGAUGCAGACCGUAGUGGGCGUAUAUCAGCAUUAGAACUACAACAAGCGUUGGUGAAUGGAAACUGGUCACACUUUAACCCAGAGACCUGCAGACUCAUGAUAGGAAUGUUUGACAGAGAUCAUACUGGGCAGAUUGAGCUUAAUGAAUUCCAAGCUUUAUGGAACUACAUUCAACAAUGGAAGGGUGUGUUUGAAAGAUUUGAUGGAAAUAGAACUGGGCAAAUAGAAUCUAAUGAAUUACACCAAGCAUUAUCGUCCAUGGGAUAUAACUUGUCACCACAGUUCAUGCAGAUGUGUGUUUGUAAGUUUGACAUCCAAGGUCGGCGUAGCAUGAAACUGGACGACUUUAUCCAGUGCUGUGUGAUGAUAAAAUCUCUUACAGAUAUGUUCGUGGCGCGCGAUCCACAAAGAACGGGUCGAAUCACAGUCACUUAUGAAGACUUCAUGACCAUGUCCAUCUUAAAUAAGCCUUAAAUUGAUUGAUUAUAUUUAGGGAUUAUUUUAUUUUUUUUUUGAAAAAUUAUCUUCAUCAAAAGUAAUAAUUAUACAAUUUACUCAUUUAUAAUAAUUCUCUGUGUUGUGUAGCUUUGAAGUGAGUGGUAGAAUGAUUCGUAAUGUAGAUGAAAGGACAUAAAUGUAUACAAUGUAUAUAUAACUGUAGGGAACAUGUUGAAUAAAGAUUUGAAUGUGGUGUUAAUGCAAAAAGACUUAUAUUUAUGAAUUUAUAAUCACAACUAACCGGAAUUAAAAUGGACAGAUUACAGGUGUUUUACCUAUACUGUAUAAGAAAGUUUCUUUUUGAUGUCAUACCUUUUUCUUCUCGCAUCUUUUUUUGUUUUUAAAUUUUUGAUGUCUCAAAAGUAUGAUCAAUUGAAAGUAUGACAAUGUUGUUUUGUCUUAUUAAUUUGUGUGCAGGACAUUUUAUGAAACAUUGUUGAUGUGAUGAACAAAUGGCUAAUUCACUGAACAUUGAAAGUGAUCUUUGUCAGUGAACAAAUUUUGUAAAAGUUAAAUCUGGUUGAUCAAAUUAUUUAGAAUCAAAAAAGCAAUUUUGAGCCAUAAUUAACAAAAGUUCAAGUGACUAUUUACUAAUACUUGUUUUACACUAAGAAUCUGAAAUGUGAUCAAGAACUUUACUUCUGUUAUAUUCUGGCAGUAAGAAAGAUUUAUCUAUAGUCACCAUUUAAGAGGCAGGCCAGUCUGAUAUUUAAAAACUCCACUGUGCUCAAUUGCUUUGCUAAAUUUUUAGCAUUUGAUACUGUAAUCCCUUAUACUCAACUUGGACUGUUCCAAAUGCAAAGCAGGACAAGUCUUUUAUAUGAAUUUAGCAGUGUAAGCCUUGAAACAAAUUGAUUGUUCAUUGUUAUCUAAGUGCAGCAUCUUUGGCUUAACCAAAGUUGAUUUUUGAAUGUCUUGACAAGAUAUUGGCACAAUGUAUUUACUGGUACUCAUUGCUCAUGUUCAAAUUUUAAAACAUGGCGGCCAUUUUUGAAUUUUAGGAUUUAAUCAGAUUGGGUUGUAAUAGGAAUAACGGGGAUUUGGGGCAAUUGUCGGUGAACAAUGGAAUGAUAAAUAGAAAAUAGCCUUACACAUAUGCACCAGAUAAUCUGUUGAACUUCUGGUCUGUUUCUAUGUACCAGUAAAGUGCAUAUAAAUUUGUUCCUAAGAUAUUGACUGUUUUUUACAUUAUUGUGUUUUGUUUCAUGGAUUGGUCUUUUGGGCAGGAUUUAAAACACUAACCAUGUGAGCAGCUGAAUUUGGGCAUUUAAUUUAUUUAAUUAACUUUAUUGUUGAAAAUGCCUGUUAUAGGUACUAUAUAACAUUCAAUAUCUAUGAUACUGACUGGGGAAUAUUUUAUACAUGUACAUGUAUCUACAUUUUAUGAAAUAUACUAUUUCUUUUACUAUUUUACUUUCCUUUGCAUUUGAAACAUAUUGUAUCUGUAAAAAAUGACUCAAAAUAAAUUGUUGCCACUUUU